UGUAAAGCACCGGGUUCUUUCUGUCCCACGCUCCAUGAAUGCAGCACUAACAACACACAGAGAGCGUACUUCCCGGCGGAGACAAAGCUCAUUUCUCGUCUUUGUUUUGGUUCUUUUAGUGUCGCUAACAUGAAUAUUAAAGUGUUCUCCUCUCAGGGAGACAUGAGGCUGUAGCUUUCUGCUCGUAUGGACCCUUCAGCUGUUUGUUCUGAGCUACAGUCACGAUGUUUUCAACCAACAUGGAGACAAAAAGAGUGGAGAUCCCGUCCGGAGUGCUGGACGACCUGUGCAGUCGCUUCAUCCUGCACAUCCCCAGCGAGGAGAGAGAUAACGCCAUCAGAGUGUGUUUUCAGAUCGAGCUGGCUCACUGGUUCUAUCUGGACUUCUGCAUGCAGAACACUCCAGGAGCUCCACACUGCGGCAUCCGAGACUUCGCCAAGGCUGUCUUCCAUCACUGUCCCUUCCUGCUGCCUCACGGAGAAGACGUGCAGAAAGUCCUCGAGCAGUGGAAGGAGUACAAGAUGGGAGUCCCAACGUACGGAGCAAUAAUCCUGGAUGAAACUCUGGAGAAUGCGCUGCUGGUUCAGGGUUACCUGGCUAAGUCUGGUUGGGGUUUUCCAAAGGGGAAGGUGAACGAGGACGAGGCUCCUCAUGACUGUGCGGUGAGAGAGGUGUUGGAGGAGACGGGCUUCGACAUUAAGAAUCGUAUCGGUAAAGACGUGUACAUCGAGCAGAAGAUCACAGACCAGGUGGUCCGCCUCUACAUCAUCCCCGGGGUCUCCAGAGACACAAAGUUCAACCCCAAAACCAGGAAGGAGAUCCGGAACAUCGAGUGGUUUCCCAUCGAGAAGCUGCCGUGUCACAGGAACGACAUGACGCCCAAAUCCAAGCUGGGACUCGCUCCAAACAGGUUCUUCAUGGCCAUCCCGUUCAUCAGACCUCUCAGAGAGUGGAUCAGCAGGACGAAGGGCGAGUCGACUGACAGCGACGACGACUUUACCAACAGCAACACUCCCAACGCCGCUCGGUCAAAGUCACGCCGCCUCACAGGAAGUGAUGCGUUUCCUGUUGACGUGUGGACCAAGAAGCAGCAGACGCAGAGCGUGAAAGUAAACGGGAAGAAGAGUCAGGACUCUCCGUACCUGAAGAAAGUCCUCGCUGAGCCGGCAGCCAGCAGACCCGCUUCAAAAGACGAGAAAAGACUUCAGCCCAGACGACUGCAGGACACAUUUGACAGAGACUCCAGCAGUCAGCAGCAGCUUCUGUCCUCCAACACUUUCCUCAACUUUAGGUUUGACCGAGACGCCAUCAUGAAGUGUUUCGACCCGUGACGUGUUUCCACCUGAGGCUCAGCUGCUUUGUUUCUUCUUCGUCGUGAUGCAGACGAGAUGUUACUGAACGAGUUUAUAACCUCAGAGUCUCUCUUUUAAACGUUUUAAACACCAGGUGACAAAAGAAAGCCAGUCACUAAAUGGUUAAAGGUUAAACAUGGAUUUUAAAUAUAAAACAAAGAUUUGUUCUUAAAAUUGAGUCUAAAAAGAAUUCAGGAUAAACUACCAUCCUUCAUUCUCCUGAAGUGAACGAGUCACACAUCAAAACAAACACAUGAUCACCCUGAUUUCAAAGUCAACUUUAGUUUUCCUCACAGAGACGCCGCUCGUCUCCUCCUCUCCUCUCCUCUCCUCUCCUCCUCUCUCCUCUCCUCUCUCUCCUCUCCUCUCUCC